GUGGCCGCCGCAGCGGAGCAGGAGGCGGAGGGCGGGAGGAGGAGGAUGGCGGUGGUGCUGAACUCGGACCGGCUGGAGGUCUCGGUGGAUGGGCUGACGCUGAGCCCCAAUGCCGAGGUGCCGCACUGUGAAGCGCGGCCGGGACAGGGCGAGUCUGCGGCGGGGCGGAGCCGAGCGGACCCCGGUUCCCCCGGCCCGGUGGAGGCCGACAACGAGGCUGCGGAGGAGGCGGCGCUGAGCCCGGAGCGGCGCUGGGGCUUCGCGCUGGAGGAGCUGUACGGCCUGGCGCUGCGCUUCUUUAAAGAAAAAGAUGGCAAAGCCUUUCAUCCAACGUACGAAGAAAAGCUCAAACUCGUGGCCCUGCACAAGCAGGUUCUGCUGGGACCUUACAAUCCUGACACUUGCCCUGAAGUUGGAUUCUUUGAUGUGCUGGGUAAUGAUAGAAGGAAGGAAUGGGCUGCCCUUGGAAACAUGUCAAAGCAAAAGGCUAUGACAGAGUUCGUUAAGCUCCUCAAUAGGUGCUGCCACUUGUUCUCAACCUAUGUCACUUCCCACAAGAUAGAGAAAGAAGAACAAGAAAAGAGAAGAAGAGAAGAGGAGGAACGAAGGCGGCGUGAAGAGGAGGAGCGCGAGCGCCUACAGAGAGAGGAAGAAAAGCGCAGGAGAGAAGAGGAGGAAAGACUCAGGAGGGAAGAGGAGGAGAGGAGGAGGAUAGAGGAGGAACGACUUCGGAUGGAACAGCAGAAGCAGCAGAUCAUGGCAGCACUGAACUCUCAGACUGCCAUCCAGUUCCAGCAGUAUGCAGCCCAGCAGUAUCCGGGCAACUACGAACAGCAGCAGAUCCUCAUUCGGCAGCUCCAGGAGCAGCACUACCAACAGUACAUGCAGCAGUUGUAUCAAGUCCAGCUUGCACAGCAACAGGCAGCCUUACAAAAGCAGCAGGAAGCAGUGGUGGCAGCAGCAGGGACCCCUCUGACUAAUGCAUCGAAGGUGAAUGCACCUGGCCCAGGGGAUACACCAUCUAUUAAUGGGCAGGCCAGUACACAUGCAGACAGCCCUGAGAAAGAGCUGGAUCCAGAGGCUUUAGAGGAAGCUCUAGAGAAUGGACCAAAAGAUGCUGUUCCUGUGAUAGCUGCCCCAUCAAUGUGGACACGACCCCAGAUAAAAGACUUCAAGGAAAAAAUCCGUCAGGAUGCAGACUCAGUGAUCACAGUGGGCCGAGGAGAAGUGGUUACAGUUAGAGUACCAACUCAUGAAGAGGGCUCUUACCUCUUCUGGGAGUUUGCUACAGACAAUUAUGACAUUGGUUUUGGGGUGUAUUUUGAAUGGACAGACUCCCCUAAUACUGCAGUCAGUGUGCAUGUCAGUGAAUCCAGCGAUGAUGAGGAUGAAGAAGAAGAAAAUGCUAGCAGUGAAGAAAAAGCCAAAAAGAAUGCCAACAAGCCUCAGCUAGAUGAAAUAGUGCCUGUGUACAGACGAGACUGUCACGAAGAAGUGUACGCUGGCAGCCACCAGUACCCAGGGAGAGGAGUUUAUCUUCUUAAAUUUGACAACUCCUACUCCCUAUGGAGGUCAAAAACAGUUUACUACAGAGUUUAUUAUACUAGAUAAAGGUAUGGCUGUGUCUGAGGCUGGGCUGUGCAGAAGAUGUCAUUUUCUUUGGAUUUUUUUUCUUCAAGCAUAAUGGAUCCUUCUGAGUCUGUGUUUUAUCCUGUCUGUAUCUGUAUGGUUUGUGUGAACUUUAACAAGUAGACACUGGGAUCUUCCUGCUCCCUGAUGCUAAUGCAUAUUGCAUUGGGUUUAACACAGGAUCUCCCUAACCCUUUUCAGGUACUGAGAGUUAACCAAUGGAAAUCAUUGGCUCCAGUGCCAAGGUCACAUCAGUUGCAUUUGUUGAAACCUCCUGAAAAAGGGAAAGGGAGUUGCUGGCUCACUGGCUGUGUGUGAUCUGAUACUUGCAGGUUCUGGAUGCUUUGAAUAACUCCUAAACAGUGAAUUUAAAGCUCCCAUCAGUAACUGGUAGGUUUGGAUGCAGUUUGCUGUGUAGCAAGUUUCUCAGAGCUGUAACUGAAUGUCAGAUUUUUACACCAUUAAAACUUGAACCUUUCAAGUCGAUGCAGUUUAGCAACAAGUUGUCUGGCUUCUGUCCUCUUCAAAGAAGAAUCAUUCAGUCCCUUACACCAGUGCAGUGGCUAAGGAUGAGCAGCAUCCUGAAACUACAGCAAGUAAGCUCUUUUGAGGAUGUCAAGUGAGUGACAGUUAAAUGUAACAAGAAGAACCUUAAUCUCUCUGCCCAGCCCUAGAAUCAAAACAGAGGGUCUGUUUUUUGGCUGGCCUGUGACUUUUGAACCAGGGCACAAGCUGUUUCUAAGUUUGGUGGGUUUAUGAUGGGGUAGGCUUACUAAAAAUGAUGUCUAAAAACCUGAAGCCAGUCUUCUGCACGAUGUCCUGCUUUGCCUGUGUGUGUAAAACCUGCACAAGCACAUCGUGCACCUGAGGAACUUGGAAGUGUAGGAGUGAACAUUGCACUAAUGAUGGAAAUCACUGCCAGUCCAUUUCAGUCCGAGCUGGUGGCACUUCAGUGCAAACUUUCUGCUUGAGUCUGUAACUUAGCUGCAGAAAGACAGAGUGCACAGACACAUACUUAACAAGAUAGCUUUAAUCUCAAUUUCAUAGGGUUUGGUUGGGGCAUUUUAUAUUUUGUAUGGGGUGGGGGUGGGGGGGAAAUGCAGGUGGCUACUCGACUUGAGGCUGCAGUAAGAACCUGCUGUCCGUGGAGCCCUGCCCCCCAGGGGUAAGAUGUUUGCCUAAGUGCUCUCUGCAUGGGUAAUGCACUUUUGUUACCGAAAGAUGUGGUUCCUUUGGGUCUCUCCCAUCAGGUCCUGCAGUAAGACUUGCAUUGAUCAGCUGCAGCAUGUGCAGUUCUGAGGCAGGUGAGGUUGACUUGGUGGGAUUGGAUGAUGAGUUUUGUACAUACAUGAUACUUUUACUUUUCUCAUCCCAACCAUGGAGAUGCUUUUCUCCUAAGAGUGCUUAAUUUGUCACCCUGUGUUUGGUUCAGCAACACCAUACCAGCUUAUAGCUAGUUAGUGCUGCUUUAUCCACAACCACUGUACAAUGUCCUGCUUUUGUGUACAUACAGUAUAUAGAAACCAUGACUUUAGGGAGUACCUUGCUGUAUUUAAUGUAAAAUAAAACCAACCAAACAACAAAAGACAACCCCCCCACACACACACUUUCCAAAAGGCAGGCACUAAUAUAUUUCUUCCAGUCUUCAGUUUAGUUUUUCCUUUCUUUCUUUCUUUCUUUUGGUUGUUUUUUUUUUUUGGGGGGGGGUCCAUACAGAAAUGUUACAACUUCUUUUCUGUUUUCCUCUCCUCUAAUAAUGAUAUCUGUUCUUGGGAGCAGUGUUUUGUGGCUUUAAAUGGCAGCCCUUAACUGUCAUGUGUUGGGUGUUAGAAGUUUUCUGUUUUCAGGCUGGUUUUUCUAUUGCCUCUGGCUGUUGGUUAGUAAAGUACAAGUGCGAUUUCCAGGUACCCUGAGGUAGUAUUUAAUCCUGAUUAAAAUGCAUUUAUCUGUAA